UUGUAUGGGCUGCUAGGCAUCAAGCGUUCUGCAACGCGUGCGGAAAUAAAAGCAGCGUAUCGUAGUGCAGCAAGGCGGCUGCACCCAGACACAAACGCAUCGCCAGCGGCCCAGGACGAUUUCCAGCGCAUCAAAGCAGCGUACGAGGUCUUGGUUGACAGCCGGCUACGAAAGGUGUACGACAACCUGGGUCUCAUAGCACUUGGUCCUAAGUUUUCGGAGCUACAUAGCUACCUGGGAUACGGAACGGAAUAUGCCGGUGAGAAUUGCAGUGUACGGCAAGGUCCUGGUGUUCGCGGUCGCGACGUGCACCUGGUGUUGGGCCUUAUGCUGAGUGAAGCUGCCCAGGGAGCUUACAAGAUACUGUCGUACAACGCCAUGUCGGCCUGUGAGGAUUGUCAAGGAGGGAGGGAGGUUGGUGAGAAUGUCACUGCAUGGUGUACUACAGAACACGCUUUGCUGAAGUCCUCACGGCAAACCUCCACAUUCCCUUCCACCUUCCCCUCCACCGACCUCCUUGAGAAACCUCCUUUCGUACCAUCGGUUUGUGUGUGUGUGUGUGUGUGUGUAAGUCUUUGUUCGGGUCGCGGUCGGCAUGUGGCGGUCCGCGAGCUGGCCGUCCAGGUGCCCGCGGGGGUUGACUCCGGGCAGGUGCUGCGGGUGUGCGGGGAGGGAGGUGCGGGCCGCUGCGGGGGCGCCCCGGGGGACCUGCUUGUACGGCUGGAGGUCUAUCCGGAAAGCAACCUGGAGCGGAGGGGCUUCGACCUGCACAGCGUUCUGGCGGUGGAUGUGUUUUUGGCCGUACUAGGGGGCGCGGUGGAGGUGGCGACUGUGCGGGGCGGGAGACUGCUGCAUGUGCCGCCUGGCUCCCAGCCCGGGGACGUGUUGUGUUUGUCCGGGGCGGGUAUUGCACACACGGCCUCGGGGGGUGGCGGCACCCAGCGGGGAGACCACUACUUCACCCUCACUGUACGGCUGCCCAGUGCCCAGCAACUGUGUGGCCCCUCCCUGGAGUUGCUCACACAGCUGGCGGCCGUU